CAGCGGAAGCAACACGCGUGUGUUGCCCGCACGCGGAGUUGUAAAACUUAAAUAAUCACGUCCAACACCGUAUCCGAUCGAAACGAAAUUGUUUACAAAAAGGUAAUCGAGUGUCGUGUUCGUUUGGAAACAGCGAUUGUUUGAGCUUGUUGAAGUUGUUAGUAAAACUUGUGAUACUGAAAGGUCAAUCAUUUACUGCUAACUGAACUUGAUAAUGGAUACGUUAGGUCUAAGUUAUACGAACUAAGUAUGCGCACGUCCAGUUAAAAUGGAUAGAGCUGCAUUUCGACGAUGAUGCUAAUAUUUUACUUAGCAAAAAUGUUGGAAAUACCAGAUAAUAUAUCCGAAGCCAGCUUCGUAACGAGCGUGGAAGAGGCAUCUCGGAUAGAUCAAUGUACACAGACUCCGCCGUGCGGGAAAGCAAAACCGCGUUCAUUAGUACGAUACAACACUACCGAUCACUUGUACGAAAGACAUAGACCCUACAGACUGAAGGACUACAGGCCGAAGAGUUUGGGCGUCUGCGAGUCGUAUCAGUGUCUUGGGAAACCGCCGAGCUAUGACAGCGGAAGUCAAGCGAAAAUCAAGGUAACGGCAGCGGACAGUCCCGCUAUAUCAGUGACCCCGCCUCACAGCUUGGAGUACGAUUGUCCGAAGGGUGUCAGCACUCCAAACGGGAGUGUCACCCCAACCGGCAUGUUGACCAACAAGUCCACCGCAACGGUGCUGUUAAGCCCUAGCUACUUGCAGAGUCCUUGCCAAUGUAACCAAUCGAUUAGGAGUGGAAGCGAAGUAGCGCUAGCGAUGCCAGUUUCUGCUUAUAACGAAGAGGUUCCUGGACCGGCGUCACCAGAUGGUCUCUCGUGGAGAAGAUUACACAUGUCUCGAGCUAAACUGAAAGCCACUGCUACCACCUCCGAACUGUUAUCAGGUUUCGCAAUGGUAGCUAUGGUGGAACUCCAAAUCAAUGAGCCAACGAACGUUCCAGAAUGGCUCUUCGUCAUGUUCGCUGUUUGCACCACCGUUUUAGUAGCAGUUCAUAUAUUCGCCCUCAUGAUAUCUACGUACCUGCUGCCAAAUAUAGAUGCCGUUAGCAAGAUGGACAAUACUCCCGGCGCUCCGGCGCGCGCCUUGCGGGACUCCCCCCACGAGAGGAUGAGAGGCUUUAUAGAACUGGCGUGGGCAUUUAGUACUGUCUUAGGUUUAUUUCUAUUUUUAGUGGAAAUAGCUAUUCUCUGUUGGGUAAAGUUUUGGGAUUAUUCCUUUGCGGCGGCAACUGCAGCCACCGUUAUCGUUAUACCAGUAUUAAUCGUCUUCGUUGCAUUUGCGAUACAUUUCUACCACUCUCUGGUCGUGCAGAAGUGCGAGACGUCAGUACAAGACAUUAAACAACUUGAAAAUAUGAAAAGAGAUCUAGACACCGCCACAGUUAAAGUUAAUAUGUAUCAAUGAAAUAUCAAAAACAUAUUGGUGAAAAAAAAUAGUGUAUUAGAAGAAUAAGUAGUAAUUAAAAAAAUAUAUAAAAUUCUCAUGUAUACAUUUUGUCAUAAUAUGACUUUUCUUCGAAAGUGUGUUAUUAAAUAUUGAAAAAAAUAGUACUGUGAUGUGUUUGUUAUCUAUGGUUUCAAAUACCUUUAUAAGUCAGUUUAUUUUUGUUUGUGUUUGUAAAAUAAUUGGUUGUCUGUACUAUUAUUUAUCUAGUCUGUUUCCUAAAAAAUCUCAUUCCAUAAUUAUUUUCCAAUUUAGUUACAAUUUAAUGAGAGGAACUGUUUCAUAACCGUUUUUUCAAUUGUAGAAUACAUUUUUUGAAAUUUCCAAAUUAAUUAUAUGUCAUUCUGGCUUAAAAAGCUAGCAGUGGGCAGCUAUCAAUUCCAUUUAGCGAAUUAUGUCUAUCGAUGCAAAAUUUUAAUUUAGACAUAAAUAAAAUAUAAAAUCGAAACGAGAAUAGUUUUCAAUACACAUGUGAUAAAAAAUUUAAAUUUUAAAUAGCCGAUUAUAUAAGCGAUUUCGUCAAUAAAUUAAUAAUUGGAUUAUUUCAAAGGCUAUAAAAAAUCAUUAAUAUCCCUGACUUAUUGUGCUAUGCUAAGUAGUAUCAUAAAAAUGAUUUUAAAUAAUUUAAUAGUGAAAUUUUAGCUUCUCGUAAGACUGUAUAUUUAUAGAUUAUUGUAAUAGUAUCGGAAUUUAGUUUCAAUGUAAUAGACAUUUUUUUAAUUACUGA